AGAUCCACAUGCAAUCGUACCAGUGUAGCCCAUUAUCUACCCCCGAAGGCAUCGUGUCAACCUUCAGUCAGUGUGCUAAACUUCAAAAAGACAAGGACCUGAAAAAGUUUGUGUCUGUGGUAGUAUUGGAUGAGAUUGGGUUAGCUGAAGAUUCUCCCCUCAUGCCUUUAAAAACACUUCAUCCCCUGUUGGAAGAUGGCACAGCUACUACUGAAGAAUCAGGAAAAACGUCCGAUCAUCACCGUGUUGGUUUUAUUGGUUUAUCAAAUUGGGCGUUGGAUCCCGCUAAAAUGAACAGAGGCAUCAUGUUGAGUAGAGGAGUACCAAGUGAAAACGAACUGCGUGAUAGUGCAAGGUUUGAGGCGAUUAUUAAUUUAAUAUUUAAAAUUGAAGUCUAAAAAUGCAUGAACACUGCAGUAAGUGUCCGAUUACAUCAAGCAUUACAUGGAGCAAGAAGACCCGCUUAACCACUGUAAGUGAAUUACUUCAGCCCGGUUAGCAACGUAACAACUAAAAAUGCUCAACAGUUGAACUAUUGCAAGGUAUUGAUUAUAUACGGCUUACAUGUGGUUAAUGUUUUCGGACUUCCUCGUGUAUAGAAUGGUGUUGAGUGUUGUAAUAUUUAGUGUUAGCCCGAACAGGGCAAACUGACACAACUGGGCCCAUAUAUUGGGGUAAUAUUUACAUAAAUGAUGGAAAACUACUGUAAGGAGAAACUAAAUCAGUUUAUUAGUUUGUUUAUAGCAAUGUUAUUCGUUUUUCAUUUUUAGCGGAAUUUGUUCCGGUGAUGAAGAUAUUCAGAGUCAUCUUGAACGAACUAUUUGGAAGUUAUGCAAGGGAUAUUUUGACCUUUACAAACGACAAAGCAAUUCAGAAACACUAAAAAAUGCCCAGAAAGAUGAAUUCUUUGGACUUCGAGACUUUUACAGGUUAGAAGUGUAUUUGGAAUUAGUAUAUCAACGCACAGAAUAAUUUUGUGAUCAUUAAUUUAGCUUUAGCUUGCUCUGGGAAGAAUGUUCGCGUUGUUUAAGCAUGAAAAGUAAUAAAACAUACUGUCGCUUCUUCCGUCACCGCCGCAACAAAUACGAAAGAUAUGUAUAACAUGUUAAAUCUCUUGUUUACUUAUGCUUACAGUUUAGUAAAAAUGGUGUAUGGUUUUGCUGUGCAGGCGGAACCAGGUGAUCAAAUCAGCGAUAUAGAACUGGAACAAUCAAUCAGAAGGAAUUUCAGUGGCCUGGAUGACCUUAAUCCAGUGAAGAUAUUUAGUCGGCAUUUUCCAAGGCUUAAAGAUUGUCUAAAGGUAAUUAAAUACACCAAUGCAUGCAUGGAAAUAAUGCAUUGGCAAGACAUUAUACUGUAACUAUAUUAGGCCUAAUAACGUACUAACCGUGAGUGAGCGGUGUACGGAAAAAUAUCAAACCGAAAAAUAUCAAAUCUGCUGUGUUUUUAACCGGGCGAUAUAGCGGGGUUUGAUCGGUUUUUAGUAAGUUUUAUUGUACGACACUGACAUUGUGCACUUAAUCAUAUCAAUUGAUCCUAAAUCAUAUCAAUGAUCCUGUCCUAUAUUUUCGGUUUAGUUUUCUUCCUUUUUAAUUGUUUUGCAAGUCUUUUAGAUUUUUUGCAACUCAACUCUCGUCGCAGCCUCGUAGGGCAAAUUCCGUAUUGCCCUUGGGCAAUACUAGAAAAUGCUGGCUUGUCAGCAGCCAAUUAAAUGGUGCGAUUCACUAAAACAAAUGCUUGCCAUAUAAUAAUUUAAUAUAUGCAAUGCAAUGUCUGUAACACUUUAUCUUUUUAAAGUAUCCCUCGCCACAAUGCCAUCCAGUGAAUCUUAUCCAACAAAGUCUUGGUAGAACGGAAAACGAAGGGUGAGUUGUCCCUAUUGUGUAUGUAUGUGUUUAUGUGAAUGUUUCAUGCCGUCGGGGGAUAAGGUGGAAUUUUGGAGUGGGAAAUUCCUUCACUUUUGUUUGAGGAAUAUGGAAUUUUAUGUUUGCUGCUCAGUUGAAUGAAGUAUUUUUCCAGAUGUGAUGUGGAAUACUGAUGUUUUUAGAAACUUUUAUAAACGCAAAAAUUCUGCUUGAUUCCGUUAUUUUAUACAAAAGUAGCGAUUGAAUCAGGCUUUUAGUGGAAUUUAUAGCUUGUUUACAUCUUGCGCAAGAAUUUCAAAUUCGAAACGUUGGUCGCGUAACUAAAUAUUUUGUGAAAAUAUGUUUUCUAAUUUGAUAAAAUAAACUUUUAUAUUUAUAUUUAUAUUUAUAGAGAAAGUCGCUAUUUACUUGUUUUGACUGAAAAUUAUGCAGCGCUGAGAUUAUUGCAGGGCCAGUUUCACAAUCACGAUCCUGUUGUCAUUUUUGGUAGCAGUUUCCCAAAAGAUCAACAAUACACACAGGUAUAUUUUCAAUUUCUAUUAAUUUACCUCAAGGCCUCCAACAACGUGAUACUCGGGGUUUUUACUUCCGCUACCCCCGAGACCCGCUGCAGCAAAAACUCUGACUUAGUGACACGAAGAUUUAGCUGCCACGUAGAAGUAUGGCACUAGAAUUGGGUGGGACAGGAGACAUCGGCUAUCAAUACAAAAAUAGAGACGCUUAUUGAGAAGAUAGCAUAGAGUAGAAAUUAAAAUUGUACUCUAUGCUGUUAAAAAACUGCUCAUACAAACCUCGCCAAAAUUAUAAAUAAGUAAUAUUAUUAUGUAUUUAAUAUUUUUGUGGCGUUUUCGUCGUUUUAAAAAUUGGGAAAACUGCUCAAAUCAAACAAGCCUUGAUUUCUAUACAAUAUAUAUAUUAUGAUUUUUCUGUGCUGGUGUAAUGUACUCAGGUGAAUAUGAUGCUUGUGAUGUUACUCUGAGAGUAUAUCCACACCGGGCAAGCUUGAAAAAUAUGCCUGACCACGGUGGGAAUCGAACCUACGACCUUUGGAAUACUAGCACAAUGCUCUGCCAACUGAGCUACGCGGUCUGGUCGGUUCGAGUAUGUGAUAGUUCGGAAUAGAAUCUAGUUCCUUCGAAUCAAUGUUAUCUAAUAAUAAUCAUGAUUUUUCUGUGCUGGUGUAAUGUUGAUUGGCAGAGCAUUGGGCUAGUAUUCCAAAGGUCGUAGGUUCGAUUCCCACCGUGGUCAGGCAUAUUUUUCAAGCUUGCCCGGUGUGGAUAUACACUCAGAGUAACAUCACAAGCAUAAUAUAUAUAUUAAUUAAAGUAAAAUGAGAUUCUAGUAAUUUAAUAUUUUGCGAUUUAUGAAAAAAAUUAAAGCACGAUGUGCAAUGAUAUCCAAAAAAAUUAUUUGUUUGACUAUUUUUACUUGGAAACACUUUAAAAGGACUAAUUAAUCUUGUCUAUUUUACUACCGCCAUCUUGUUUUCCGCGUAAAUCUCGCGCAUGCGCAGACAAAUUGCACCUAUGUUAGAGAAGGGUAAAAGAAAUUCCAACUAAAAACAAUUAAAAAAUUAAAAGAUACAAGAGAUUGCCUCAUGAAAGGUUAUGAGUUUGAUACAAAUUCAGCUGUAAUUCGCAGAAGAAAUUGAAUGAGCUCUUUAUAUCGCUACACAUGCAGUAUUGACAUUUUUAAAUACAUUAUAGACUACAGUUGUUUAUGUUUAAUAUACUGUCAAUUUAUUAUGGAUUUGAGGUGUUUGACGGACACAUUUGACAAAUGGAUAUAUAAUGCUUGUUUAUACCCAGUUCAAAUCUUCAGAUAAACAGAUAAUUUACAAAGGUAUGAAUUACUAGCUAUGGAAAACAUUGUAUACUUUAUACAUGUAGAAUAAUCAUAGAUAGGCAGUCCAAUAGCCUGGCGUGUUAAAUAUUUGACUAAAAUAUUCAAACGUUUAAUAAAACUUUUUAAUAUGGCGAAAAUGUUUAGAUAACAAUGCAUUCAGUCAUGGUUGCGUGCUACGGCCGAUGUCACUCACUGCGUACUAUUAUGUUGUAUUAUUCCCUAAGGUUAGCAAAUAAAUCUAACUAAAAAUCGCUAUACCUUAAAAAUAUCGAGAAAUACUCGAGAAAUAAUUUGACAACUUUGCUAAAAUAAUAACAAAACUUGAAUCUACGAUAGUUUUACUACUUUCUAACAACUUUUUUGCGAAAUAAAUGAAUUUCUAAAACGAAAAAAGAACAAAAAGUUUUCGGCGAUAGAGCGUUUGCACAUGACGUCACAGCCGCCAUGUUGGUGUUCCAAUUCAAAAUAAUUUUAAUUGGACUCUUUUGUUUGGAACACCAACAUGGCCGCCAUGGUUUUUGUUGAGUUGGUCCCUGGCCAAUGAAUGCAAACACUCUAUUAAUUUGUUCAAAGUUUUGAUGGCGCUAUGCUGGAUGACUGGAACCCGCUGAAAAUAGCAUUUUCAUAUCACAUCAGAACAACAUGCCAGGGGGGACUAGCAAAUUGCUAGGGGGGGGGGAUGUUCUGUAUGUACAUAAAUUAAUUACGGGUUUUUUAAAUUUUCAAAAAAUUGUUUUUAAAAUGAAAAGGUCACAUAUUUUGUCUUUUAUUUAAAAGUGUUUAAUAUAGUUACAGUAAAUAGAGAGAAACAGAAAUGAAUAUCUGGAAAUUAACCUGCACUCAUAGUAAGUAUACACGACUAUAUCUCUUAUUUCAUUUUGCGUCGACGUCUUGCUCGGACGUUGCUUUGGAAACAAACAAGUAUAUUUUAAUUAUUUCCCCAGGGACAGGAUAAAAGAUAUGGAAAGGCGAAAGACAGGAAAAUUUUGUUCAAACAGCAAUUUUUACCGCUAGCAAUUUGCUAGUACCCUCCCCCCCCCGCCCUGGCGUGUUGUCCUGACGUUUAGGAAUUCAUUAUUUAUUUCGCAAAAAAAUGCAGUAAAACUAUCGUAGAUUCAAGUUUUGUUGUUAUUUUAUUAUUUUACAGAAAUUUUAAAUUAUAUAGUUUUAAGUUAUAGCCAUUUUAGAGAAAGUACAUUUAUUACGCAGAGGGAGGGGGGGGGGGAUGAAGAUGUCUUGAAAAAAGCUCAUUUUUACAGCGCCCCGUUGAGGUUAUUGGUAAAUUUUCGAUCCCCCCCUCCAAGUUUUUAAAAUUUUCAAUGCCCCUCCCCCCAGAAUUCGGAAUCGCAGGAGUACAAUCCGGAAUUCUCAAUUUGUAGUUUCUCGAGAUGUCUGAUAUACUCGAGGAUGUGUUUCUCCUCAACAAAAAUACCGACCUGCGGCUUCUUUUACCUCACUAGCGCCAGAUGAAAUGGCACCGUCUUUAAAAAUACAUUUUAGAUUGGCCCUAUGGGCGAAAUUAUCAACAGGUUGUUGUUGUUCGUCAUUCAGCGUAGUCGGAGUCUUGAACACGUUCAUGUAGCGGCCGGGAUAUUCUGGACUCAGGGUAAUGUGCUGGAACCUUAGAGAAUGUCGCACCCACCCAGCGUAUCUCCUGGCAUCUGAUGCAAAUGAAGAUCUUUGCAUGCCUGUCAAAAAUGCAUGCAAAAGCGCCAGUAUGCUCCAAUUUCUUUAAUUUUCAUCCCGUUUGUACUAAAUAUCCCAUGAACAUAGAACAUAUAAUUCUUACAAGUCGUAUGCUUUUUUGUGUUUGGAACUGCUACUUUUUGGCGGGUAAAUAACUUCACAAACCUGGCGCCAAAAAAUUAAAAAUAAGCUAUAGGUGAUUUCAUGUAUCCAUUUAGAAGAGCAGACUAAGGAUAUCUUAAAACUGAAAUCGGUUUCGAAUACAACCAUUAGGGACGUAGAGAAACAUCUUAAGUUGGGAGAGGGGAUGUCUGAGGAUUAUACGUGUAAUAAUUAUAAUAAAGAUUUUUGUGAUUGAUUGACACUGAGGAUUAUACGUAUAAUAAUUAUAACAAAGCUUUUUGUGAUUGAUUGGCCCUCUCAUACUAAGUUUUGGGAGAAAAGGGGGGUCUUGGGGUGCUCACCCAGAAAAUAUUUACAUUUUUGAAGCUCUAGGACUGAAUUUCUGGCGUUUUCUAAAGCAAAGUCGCAAACAAAUUGCAUGUAAAUUUACUGUAUUUUACAAAAAUGGUUAUUAUUUCACAAAAAUAAUUACUUUAUUAAUUAAGCAAAUUUUACCUGAAAAUGUCAAAAUUUUAACUUGAAUUUUACAUAAUUUUUGCCUGAAUUUCACAGUAGGGGAGUUUUACACCCUCCUCCCAUAACCCCCAGUCGCUACGUCCCUGACAGUCAUUCCUUGCCGUAAUGACUUAAAUUUCUAGAAAUCCGCCGUUUUGUUCUAAUUUGGUAACAAUAUGGCGGUAUAUCUUCCCAUAAAAUGUUUGUAUUUACAAACAGACUUCAGUUUUAAUUAAUUAAAGUACCCUUGGUCUGCUCUACUAAAUGGUUCAGUAAAAUCACCAAUAGCUUAUUUUUAAUUUUUGACGCCAUAUUUGUGACGUAAUUUACCCGCCAAAAAGUAGCAAUUCCAAAAACAAAAAAAAAGAUUUGUAAGAACGAUAUGUUCUAUAUUCAUGGAAAAUUUGGUCGAAACAGAAUGAAAAUUUCAGAAGUUGAAGCAUAUUGGUGCUUUUGCAGGCAUUUUUGACAGGCGUGCUGCAUCCUUCUUUUAUGUAUUCCAUGUGGAGCUCCCCCAUCUCAGUUAAUAUAGAAUAGAUAGUUUGCAAAUCGAUCAUUAGAAUAGCAAUAUAACUGAUUAUCUAUGUUAUAGUCAACGUUUAUUCAUAAAUAUAUUCUUUCACCGUCACAUAUGUACUAUUUUGCAAUGUCCACGAAUAGCAAUUUUCAGUAUACCCUAUUGUUUGAGUCAUGGAACUAGUAACUUUCCUAAAAUAUUGCUUUUGGUUAGUCGAGCAAAAAUACAAUACGCAUGUUACGGCAAAAGACCAGAUUUAUGAAUGUUAUUGUUCACUAACAUAGGUAAUGAGUUAUAUUGUUAUCCUAAUGAGUUUCCAAAGCAUCUAUUCUAUUAACUAUGGUGGGAGUGAACACUUGCUUCUGUAUUUCACCAAGACCACAAAACACAUCCAGCAAACGAAACCACAAUCACUGAUGAAAACUGCCUAACAGAUAUUGAACUUACCGUAGAUGAUAUUCUCCCUUUACUACAUUCUUUAAAUGAACAUAAAGCUACCGGUCCUGAUGGUUUUUCUAAUAAGAUAUUGAAAGAAACUGCCGAACAAAUAUCCCCAUCCCUGUGCCUAUUGUUCAAUCUCUCUUUACGAUCUGGUUCCCUUCCUGAUGACUGGAAGAUCAGCAACAUCGUACCAGUGUUCAAAAAGGGGAAGCGUGAUCAUGUCUCAAUAUCGACCUAUUUCUCUUUUGUCAAAUAUAUCAAAAGUUCUCGAACGUUGCGUACUAGUCAAAACAAGAGACCAUUUGCUUCAAAAUGUUAG